GUCAGUUUGAUUGAUCAAUGACUGAAUUUAAACAUUAGUUGAUUGUACAGGUAAUUAGACUGUUUGUUUGUUGUAAUUAUUGUAGUUCUUUUUUUUCUUGUGUAAAUUAAUCCAAUUCAAGUGAAAUCAUGUCUUCACUUAGAUUCACAGUUAGUUUAUUACUUCAAAUAUUGUCGAUAAUUUUGGUCAGUACAAGUGUCUAUUCAAGUAUCGUUGACGAUCUAAACAAUCGUCGAAACACUGACUAUCCAAAGUGGAUCGAAAGCAAUGGUCCAAUAGUGGACACUGCAGCAGUUAAUAUCGGUGAUUUUGAUCGAAAUCAACCAAUUAUUUGUCGAAUUGCGAUUGCUGAAGCUCUAAUUCCAGGUAGUGUCAAUGCUACGAGUGGCCUUUGUCAAGCUACUUGGAAGGGGCAAGUCGUCACAUCAAUGUCGACCGAAUAUCUUUCUGGGCCAAUAAAACGUCUCGUCUGGGCUGAAUCCAAUAGAGGAAACAUUCCCACCGGUGCCGUUAUCGGCGGAGUGACAAGUGAUGGAGUUAAAAUCUACAUCAUUAGAAUCAGGAAAGACGCAAAUUCCAAAGACUUUCUCGGAGGUAAAAUAAUCAAAGGAGAUAAACAAGGAUCAGUAAUUAAAGAGGGCAAAGAAUUCACAACUCCAACUUAUGAAGUUCUAUGUUUACAAACAAUCAUCUUUCCUUAAAUUGUAAAGUUUAAAAAGUGAAAUGAAUUGAAUUCAAAAGCUAAUAUAAGCUUUUAUUAAAUUCUUGUAAACGGAUAACAUUAAAUUAAUUUAAUUUACGA